CUCUGAACAAUAUAGAGCAGAGGUUUGAAAUAGAUAAAGCUCAGCUUCCUUCUGUGUGGCUUAUCCUGGAGUGAAGGGAAACAGCAAGUUCUGGGUUCUAGGAAACCUGAAGAUGUCUUUUCAGAUUUCUGGUCAAGCACCCUGGAGAAACAACAAUCUUACUUUUUUAAACAAAGACCACCCAAUCUCAGAACAAGGAGAAACUAUUAUUGGCUUUUAUCUGCUCGCUUUGGGUUGGAUGUCUUGGAUUGGGAAUAGCAUUGUAAUUUUUGUAUUAUAUAAACAACGAGCUGUUCUUCAACCCACUGAUUACUUGACAUUUAAUCUGGCUGUGUCUGAUGGCAGCAUUGCUAUCUUUGGUUAUUCCCGUGGAAUCAUUGACAUUUUCAAUGUGUUUCGAGAUGAUGGCUUCCUUGUUACAUCAAUAUGGACUUGUCAGAUUGAUGGAUUUCUGACAUUGCUGUUUGGCCUCGCCAGUAUUAAUACACUCACGGUGAUUAGUGUAACUCGCUAUAUUAAAGGGUGUCAUCCCGACAGAGUAUAUUGUAUCAGCCUGAGCACUGUCUCCUUUGCUAUUUUUCUUAUCUGGACAACAGCUUUCUUCUGGUCACUUGCUCCACUCUUGGGAUGGGGGAGCUAUACAGACCGGAUGUACGGAACAUGUGAAAUCGACUGGACAAAGGCCAAUUUCUCAACCACAUAUAAGUCCUACAUUGUGUCAGUGUUCAUCUGCUGUUUCUUUGUGCCUGUGAUAGUCAUGGUUUUCUCAUACACGUCCAUCAUCAAUACAGUUAAGUCAAGCCAUGCAUUAAGUGGAAUGGGUGACCCAACGGAUAGGCAGCGGAGGAUGGAACAAAGCGUUACCAGGAUCUCCCUUGUUGUCUGCACAUGUUUCAUUGCUGCCUGGUCCCCAUAUGCUGUCAUUUCCAUGUGGUCUGCCUGUGGUUACACCGUCCCCAACUUAACCAGCAUCUUUGCCAGCCUUUUUGCAAAAUCCGCCAGCUUUUAUAACCCUAUCAUCUAUUUUGGGAUGAGCUCCAAAUUCCGAAAAGAUAUCUCCAUCUUCUUCCACUUUGCCAAGGAAAUCAAGGACCCCGUAAAGCUCAAACAGUUCAAGAUCCUCAAGCAGAAAGUGGACAAUUCUCUAUCUCGUGGAGAAGAGAAGAAGACAAUAAAUGCACAGCCUGCCCUGCAUUCUGAUUCAGAGAAGGGGAGUCAUUCUAAUACGCCUCCCCCAGUAAAUAGAAAAGAGGGUUUGGUUGUUUUUGAUGACUUGCCCUCAAAUCCUGACAUUGAAUGUGAUCGACUGUGAACAUGAGCAGUGAUGGACAUCUAAUUAACACAAGAACAGAAUAUGGAUUACUUUGAGUGCCCUUUCUCUGUCUCCACCAUGUCAUAUGAAAGUCCAUUUGAUUUUAAACAAAGUUAAGAGAUAUGAAAGUAAGAAUGAAAUCAUAAGACUGAUAAUGUCUAUGGAGAUUCUCAGUCAUACAGGUCAUGAUUGUCCCAAAGGUGCUUUUUCAAGAGGCAACUGGAAUUUCUGGUUUUCUUUGAAGACAUUUUGCUUCUCAUCCAUGAAGCUGAAGAAGCUUCUUGGAUAAGCAAAACGUCUUCAAAGAAAACAAGAUAGUCCAGUUGCCUCUUGAAAAAGCACCUUUGGGACAAGACUGAGAACAUUUCUUGGUAAGUGACUACAUAUAAAGUAAAACAGCACAGAGUUAACAUGAAUGGUAUUUAUUUUCCUUCUAGUGCUCGAAGAUUGCAGGCAAAAGAUAUUCUUGCACAAUUCUUAUUCUCUGGCAGGUUUAACAAAAAUGACAACCUCCCCCCCACCCAAGCCUUAGAAAUUAGAAGUUAUAUUUUUCUGCCUUUUUAUUCCUUGCUUGGAAUUCUGUGUUGUUGUUUUUUGCUUUACCAAAGCGCAAUAUUGCUUUGAUAAUUAGGGAAACCUUUGCCAACAACAGCAUUUGAAUGUGGCUCCACAUUCAGCCACCAGAGGGUGGACAAUAAUUAAUAUUCUUACUAAAUAUACUAACUGCUACAGAGACUGUUGUGAAAAUCAAACCAUUAUUAGCCAGCUCUGGGGGUUGCAGUCUUGAUUCCUUAAUCAUAGCUAAAUAUAGAUUACAAGCAAAAGCUAGUUUUUACAUUUUAGGUAAUGCUUAAGAAAACAGCUAAAUUAGCCAAUUUAAGGAAAGGAUAAAACUUCUUUUUCUAAAUAUUCUAGAAAUACAACUAUUAUUCCAUAUUAUUGUUGUUAUUAUUAUACUGCCUUUUUAAUAUAUAUCUAUAUACUAUUAAAAUUUUCAUUGUGUUUGUCUGUCUGUACCAUGUUAGCCCAAAUGAGGCAACAAUUUUUGAACCAAGGCACCUAAAAUCCAUUAAAGAAGGCAUACAAAUCUAGGACCCAUUACUCCAGUGGAAUCGAAGUUUCUGAAGAUGUUCCGACCAGUUUUAUUUGCAAAACUAUGGCUGUUGCAACAGUCCCAUUUCUGGCACUUCCUGCGAGCUUCCACAAGCAAAUCAAUGGGAAAGCAAAGUUGGCAAGAAAUUGGAAGUCACUCCUGCUCCAACUGCUUUUUUGCUCAUGGUUAUUCUAUUUAUUUGGUCACAUCAGACUGUGCUACCUUUCUCUCAAAGGAUGACCUAAUAGGUCACUGGAUUAUCUAUUUUAUCUAUAUACCUAAUAUUCUUGCCACCUAUUUCCCCACAAUAACAGCAACUCUGAGAUGGAUUUGACAGAGAGAGAGAGAGAGAGAGAGUGACUAGUCCAGAAGCAGAGAUCAUAUUCAGGAAUAUUUUGUAAUAAAAUAUGUUGCAAGGACUUUAAGGGAUCUGGGUAUAUACCCCUGCCUUUAAUACAGGGGUGCCAAACUAGCG